AUGGACGUUUUUCCGGCGAAGAAUCGAGUCGGUGGCGACGACGAAGCUCUUCCGACGGCAGAAACUGACGAAGACGGAGAUUUGUGCAGGAUUUGCCGAUCGCCGGAAGGACCAGACAAUCCGUUGAGGUAUCCGUGUGCUUGUCGAGGCUCGAUCAAGUACGUUCACCAGGAAUGUCUCCUUCUCUGGCUCAAUCGCACCGGAUACAAGCAGUGCGAGGUUUGUAAGCGUAGCUACUCGUUUGUGCCUGUUUAUUUGGAGAACGCACGAGAGAGGCUUCCAUGGCAUGAGUUUAUGAGAGGACUGUUACUGAGAGCAUUACGUUUGGUUGGUUGGGUUUUUGUGAUUCUCUUCAACGCGUAUUGCUUUUCUUUGCAUCCGUCGGGACGAAAAACUGCGAUUGAUAACCAGAGAGCUUUUCGAAUAUCCGAGAAAUUUGCUUUUCUCUUGGCUGGCUUCCUGUACAACGGUUUAAUUGCUUAUUAUAUGACCAUGGUGGCGUUUCUAAGGCUUAUUAUUGAACAUCUCUUUAGGCUUCUCCGUGUGAACUUUGUAGAGAAUCAUUUAGGACAUGGAGUUGUUGCUGGAGUUACACUUGUACUGUGGAAAUAUAUGAGCAUUCUGUGUGAUUGGUAUCAUGAUCAUCUCGUACAACAUCGAUUCUUCUACGCCUUAUUGGGCGUUGAACCUGGUGAAGUAGUAGCUCGUCCUCGGCACGCCGAGCUUCAUGAAUUUGGAGCAGUCAGGAGGUUUCUUUUCCUUCUUGAUGACAAUGAAUUUGCAGUUCUUGCCAUUUAUGUCUCAUUCUUCUUCAUUUUGCUUCCAGUAUUUUUGGGAAAACUUGUCUUCGGACUCCUACUUCUUUUCCCACGUAUGGAGGUAGCUAUGCAGCUUCUUUCAGGAGACUUAUUUGGCGAAGAAGAACCGGUCAUUGUUGGAUAUAUGAUUAUGGUAUCACUUUCCUUUGCUUAUCUUGGUAGUUUUUUCACUCUGCGCCGAGACUCAAUUCAAGCCAUAGCCAAGAGAUUAUCACUGGGAUUUCUCCUCGUAGCAAUGGCACUCCCAUACUUCUUAUGGAUUUGUUCAGUAAAAGUAUGGAAAAAUCUAUCUGUGGUUAAGGAUGGUUUCAUCUUGUGUUUGAAAUUUGGUGUUUUUCCUUUGGUACUUGGCUUCUGGUUAGAUUUUUGCACCUUCCCUAUAUUGGGAACGACAAUUUCCCAGAGGCUUGAGCUUUUAUCAGACUAUCCCUUCGUGAUGAUCAUACAUUGGAAGCUCGGAUUUCUUUGCUUGCUAUUUGCUUUCAAUUCCAUGGAGCUUAUUCAUAAGAUCAUUAAGAUACGACCUAUUUGGUCUCUACUAGAUGUCACUGAUCCAAACUACAAGAUCACUAAACUGCACCUUGGCCAAAUUCCCUUUGCGUUAGCUUUCCACUUGUCAUUGAUGGUGAUUGUGGUUCACUUACCAAUAAUGUCUAUCUCUCACUUCAGCCCCUCGUUUUCCCCCCUCCAAUUAUGGAUCUAUGAGAAAAGGAUUAUGUUUGGCUCAAUGGCUGCUUAUGUAUGCUUAGUGAGAGUAGGAACUCUCGAGUGGUUAGCCGAGCUUAUUAAACCAGCUAUAGAACCCUUAGUUCACAAGUGGAUUAUCACUGUCAGUUCUUGGCUCGAGUUGAGCGAGUUCUUGCUCGAAAACUAUGCAGACCAGAAUGUGAGACCGUUGUUGCAUCAAGGGUUGCAGAUCCAUGGCGAAUGGUAUCUAGUGUUUUCCAUGGCUGAAGGCUCUGUAGUCACUUUCUCUGGAUCUCAGAGCGAUAACGAUACCACGUUUCAAGUGGAUUUUGACCACGAUAGGUUUAUACUGAGGAUCGGACUGAUGUUGGUUCUAGCUGCGUUGAGCCUGUUUGUCAUCAGUACAAUCGCCAUGGCUUUGCCAAUUCUGAUGGGAAGGGCUUUCUUCCACUCUAUCUCUUUCAUCAUGCUACAUUUCGGACUCAAACACGACGAUCUUUAUGCUUUCUGGAUCGGAUGCUAUAUCUUGCGAGCAAUCUAUAUCAGGACUUGCCUCAUAUACAAUCAUAUCAUGAUUGGAAGAAUCGAUUUGCUUCUCAACCUUGUUCUGUUGUGGAUACGGAAUAUCUUACUGUUCUCCAUCUGGAUAUCUGUCAUACCGACAUUGCUGGGUCUCCUUAUCAACCUUAUGAUCAUCAUUCCAUCACGAGUUCCGCUAAACGAAUCCCCGGUUCAUUCGUUGAUCCAAGAUUGGUUGAUCGGAUUACUGGUCCUUCACAUAUGGACCUAUCUGACUAUGUUCACGCGUAUCAACUGUUUCGCAACUGUGGCGUGGCGGGAGAAGCUCAAGAGAAUCAGAAAUGUCGAUAUCAACUUGCUUCCCUCUACGUGGCUGCUUCGAGAUGUCAUUGGUUCGAUCAUAGGCACUCUUCUAACCACUCUCGGCUUCCCUUUCCUUGUGGCCUACUCUCUAUUCCCAUUGCUUGGAUUUUCUGGUGCAAUCAACUUAGCUGUGCAGAGGCUCAUAUGGCCGGUCCUAUUAGCCAUCAUCAUCAUAGGGUUCUUUGCCAAGCUCACGCUCGAUCUCUUCGUUUAUAUUCACCGUGUGGAGUAUGAUGAUCGGUAUCUGGUUGGCGAUAGAGUGACUGAUUUCAACGAAGAUCCUGAGAAAGGGAUCAAGUCAGGGCUAUAA